CAGAAACAAAUAGGUGGCGUUUCUCUGUUGAAGUACAGUUUACUCCUCCUACCGCAAGAGUACGAGGCACUUUGAGCGUUUAAUACAAGACCGGAUACUUUUCUCACGAUAUUUGUAGAGGUGUAGAAAGAUGGGAAAACAUAACAGCAAGCUUGCUCCUGAGGUCCUGGAUGACCUGACCAAGAGCACAGAGUUCAAUGAGGCUGAGCUGAAGCAGUGGUACAAGGGAUUCCUGAAGGACUGCCCAACUGGCAUCCUCAAUCUGGAAGAAUUCCAGCAACUCUAUGUAAAGUUUUUUCCUUAUGGCGACGCUUCCAAAUUCGCCCAACAUGCCUUCCGAACAUUUGACAAGAAUGGCGAUGGUACAAUUGACUUCAGGGAGUUCAUCUGUGCCCUGUCCAUCACUUCUAGGGGAAGUUUUGAGCAGAAACUCAACUGGGCCUUCAACAUGUACGACUUGGAUGGAGAUGGCAAGAUCACACGUAUGGAGAUGCUAGAGAUCAUUGAGGCAAUCUACAAAAUGGUUGGCACAGUGAUCAUGAUGCGCAUGAAUGAGGACGGGCUGACCCCACAGCAGCGUGUGGACAAAAUCUUCAGCAAGAUGGACAAGGACCACAACGAUGAGAUCACUCUGGAGGAGUUCAAAGAGGCAGCCAAGAGUGACCCCUCAAUUGUGCUUUUACUGCAGUGUGAUAUGCAGAAGUAAGGAAGGAAGUAAUAGUUGAUGAGAGAAAUGUACAUAAAAUUUAAUAUAAGAUAGAAUCCAUGAAUUUGGGGAACAUGGGCAUGAAGGGUAGGUUAGAGAUGGCAAAAUAACUAAAUUAAUUUGGAAUAAUUUGUGGAAGUAAGUCGAGCAAGACAUUAACUGCAAAAGAUUUUUGUCCUGUGUCAAUUGGCAAACAGUUCCACUUGUUAUACCAUUUUGGAUGCAGUCCAGUCCUAGAGAGCUUCAAGUUAAAAAGUCAGAAAGUUUGAAAGAGGGAAUCCUACAGCACACUUUACAUUAAAAAAAAAGUGCGUCGUCCUCUCAGUCCAGCUUUGAAAUAUUUUGCAAUAUCACCAACAGGCAGGCAUCUAUUCGAUUUCCACCAUCAUUUCUCAAUUAUUCAGAACAGUGAAGUUUUUAAUUCAAGGUUGUUUACAGAAACACUAAAUUAAUCCAACAUUCUGAAUUUUAGCUCUUCCCUACUGAAAGACCAGAAUUUCCAUGUUGGUUCAGACUAUCUUAUUAGAGCUUGUUUGGUGUUGGUCAAAAAUGGUGGUCAAUCAGUAUGAACAUUUUAGUGAAACUGGUUGACCAAGGAUGUUUUGCUGGUUAAGCUGCUUAAGAAGCUUGUUGGGAACACCAGCAUCCCAUUCUGGGCUCUAAUUUGGUCACACAAAAGGCAAAGGAUUUUAUGCAUUAUUUUUAAUUACUUAUUUUAACUAUAUAAGUAAAUGGAAUUCUUCAUAGUAAUUAACAUGUAGAAGAGGCCAGGGCAAGUUUUUUCUCAAGAAUAUGUCUCAGGGUGGGUUUAUUUAUAAAGUCAAUUUAUAGCCACAUACCUUAAGAAAAUAUAUUCCAGGUUCAAAACAAGUUAAGCUCAAUUGACAGCAUUUGGAGCACAAUGUUGCUUACCACAAAUUGUGUUCACAAAUCCAUUGUAAGUGCCUCACUGUAACUUUGAUUUUUGCAUUUUCUUUUAUGAAAAGGAUGGACAACUCAAAAUAUUUUUUUGAGGUAAUCAACAUUGUGCCACAAAUGCUGUUGAUUGAACCUGGAAUAUUCCUUUAAAGUCUUGGCUACACAAAGGCUGUUGAACAUUUCUACCAUUAUUGCCAGGGACAAAUACAAAUAUACAGUUAAUCGAACUUUAAAUCUAUGCCUGCAUUAAGCAGUCUAUUAUAAGCUUUUCAGCUCCAUUUAAAAAAACCUAAACAUUUAUGGGGCACAAAAUGGUUCAUGAAACAACGAAAAAUGUAAAAGUAAAAAUACAAAAUAUCUAAACGUUGUUUUGGCCAACAAAUAUUCUAUAAAAUAAACUGCAUACAUGAGUGGUUCUCAACCAGGGGGUCGGGUCCCACUUAGGGGCCUCAGCACACUUCCAGAGGGGCCUCAAGCUCUCUUAAUAUUAUUUAAAAUAUGAUAGGAUAUUGUAAUUCUUAUAUCAUUAUUAUAAUUCAACUUACUGAAAAUGCAAAAAAUAGAAUAACUCCCUUUAACAGCUUGAUUUUAUGAAGAAUAUACCGUUCUAGACAUUUAUGGAAUCACAAGUUUUAAGGAAAUAUCUUAUAAUAGAUAUAUCUUAUAAUAUAAAUAUCUAAUAGUCUACAUGGGCGACCUUCAUAUAUUUUCUCUGACAAUGGGGGGCCUUGGCAAGAAAAAGGUUGAGAACCACUGAUUUAAAACACAGGUUGUGUUACAAUCUGCCCCGAUAUACAUGCCCCAACUUGACUUUCAUUAAAAAUACCUUUGUCCUAAGAAAACUUUUAAACCUUUUGAUAAAAACCUGCCUUCAUAAUAUAGUUGACCUUUGUCUUAAUGUAUGCCAGUGUGGUUUGAUAAUAUUGGCUCAGGAAUGGUUUGGCUAAGGAAUUGCAAUAUAGAGGUAGAUACAGAGAGAAAUAAAAGUUGUAUUCAUGCAUUCAUAUACAAUACAACACUAUUCCCCAACUGUCAUGUAUAAACACAUCAUGACUGCUAAGAUAAGACAGUCCAGCAAUUGGAAUUGUCCCAUCAAUUGAGUUUAAAUGAAUUGCCAUAAUCUGUUAGAGACACGGAAAGUUAAAGCUUGACAAUAUCGUCACAAAGCAUGCCGGUUUUCCGAUUGUGUUAUUUUAAAACCGAAAUGCCAUGGGUGAUUAGACAGAGCGGUUUAUCGUAUCGCGUUAUACCAGGAAGUGAAUACCGUAGUAUGGUUUAUUAGAAAGAGAAUGAACAAUAUGUGUACAUGAUGACAUUUUGUACAUAUGCCUAUACACAUGCUUGAUAUGUACAUGUAAAUGUUUCUCGACCUUAGAACUGCUUUCAUAAUCUGACACUGCUGCAAUCAAUGACUUGUGUGCUAAAACUAAACUUAUACUGUACGUAUUGUUUGUGGGGUUUUCUGUCUAGGUGUGGAGGAGGGAAACUAAUGUAUACAUUUUCUUCACUGUAAUAUGGUGUGAAAGCUUUAGUGUGUGAGUGAGUGAGUUCAUGUAAAACACAAAUGCCUCCACCUUUGUAUUAAUACUUUCUUAUGACCUUCACGCCAGUGCUAGGAGUAUUAAGCCGUUGUGUUUGUUGUUAGCUGGUAUGGCAGUUAAACUGAAGCUUUAGUUUAGGUCAGUCUUGAUUAUAUCAUCUCUUUUCUGACCACUUCUGUUUUACAAGCUGUAUAUUGUCAGUGUUGAUUGUACAUGUACCUUUCCUUUCUCUUGGAAUAUAAGUGGACACAAAUGUAAACCGGACGCAGAAUGUGUACUACUUGUCAAUGUUACUAUGCCGUAAUACUUAAUAACAUGAAAAUACUGUUGCACUAAGUAGAGGCAGUACAGCUUUAGUUUUAGACUGCCUCCCUGUGGUGAAGGAUUUUAAAUUAAACACCCAGCUACUCUUACCAGGUUAACUUAAUAGAAUUUUCACUUUCACUCAGUUUCACAAUAUACCACAAGAAUGCAAUGAGAAGGAUUUUAAAGGGAGAGUUCAACCAAAUAUGAAAACGAUCUCUUUAUUUACUCACACUCGUGCAAUCUCAGAUGAGUAUGACUUUCUUUCUUCUUCAUUUUCUUUCAGUCUACACAAAGAUUUUAGUAUAAUAUCUCAGCUCUGUUGGUCCAAAAAUGCAAGUGAAUGGUGAUCAGAACUUUGAAGCUCCAAAAAGUACAUAAAGGUAGCGUAAAAGUAAUCCAUAUGAUUACAGUGGUUUAAUCAAUGUCUUCAGAAGUGAUAUGACUGUGUGGGUGAGAAACAGGUCAAUAUUUAGCACUUUUUGGUGCUUCAAAGUUUUGGCCACCAUUCACUUGCAUUGUAUGGACCUACAGAUGUGAAAUAUUGUACUAAGAAACAUUUGUGUUCUUCAGAAGAAAGAAAGUCAUACACAUCUGGGAUGGCAUGAGGGUGAGUAAAUGAUGAGAGAAUUAUAAUUUUUGGUUGAACUAUCCCUUUAAUAAAAAUUUGAGCUAUGUAUACAACAACAAUGAUAAGCUUUAGUUAUACAUCAUUUAGCUUUAUGUAGACAUAGCUAUUUUAAAUAGUGAAUGGUAUAGCCUUUCUCAUCAUUUUAAUCCUGUGGUUAUUUUUUGCUACAUAUCUUUAUCACAGUUGUCACAAUACCACAGUGGUUCAUAAUCUUGUGAAAUCAGAGCGGGAUUUAUUUUCACAUUCACACAUCUUGGGGAUCCUUUGAAGUCCCUAAAUAUAAAUAGUAAUACUGGAGUUCUAUUGCCACAAUUUAUAGCUGUUCCACCGUUAUUCAGUGCGUGUCCUGUUAUUUUUCAGAAUGAUCCUUUAACUAUCUAAUGUUCACAGAUUAGAUUACAUAAACUCAGUAAUGGAUAUGGGUAAUGAUAAUGGGAAGUACAACAAGAGCCUUGUGCAAUCUGUUGUGAUUCCCCAUUAAAUAAGACAUGCCACUGCUAAGGUCUAAUAUUAGUGCCAAACACUUUACUGACAUAAAAUUGGAAUAUUCAGAUGUAACAAUGACCUGAAUUUGUACCCAGAUAACAAAAAAAGGUAUUUUGAUCAGAUUUACAUUUAGAACACAAAAACCAACCUCAUUAUGAUCAUGUGCGUAACAUUUUUGAAAUUUCUGAUUAUGUCCCUCAACACAAUACUGAAAAAAGAGUAAUUGUGUCCUGUCAUGAAAUGCAACACUAUGUGUGUGUGUGUGUGUGUGUGUGUGUGUGUGUGUGUGUGUGUGUGCAGUGCAUUUCUAUCUGUCUGGUUUCUUUUCACUCUUUCAAUAUCGUAAAGCUCCUUGAACAAAGACGUGUAAUUAUUUUUGUUACAUAGAGAAUUAAAUAUGUGGAUGUCCACUGAAU